GCGAAAAGCGGAAGAAAUCGAGCGGUCUGUUGAAGGUGUUAUCGGCCAUUCGUGUUUAUCUGUUUUAAAUAGUAAAAAGAGAGUUUUGCUACAAUUUGGUGUUUAAAAUGUUGUGAAAAUAUUCUUGUGGCGUGAAAAUGUCGGAUAUUAAGAGUAUGUUUGCCAAAAUGGCAACUACAAAGGACAGUGGCGGCGGCGGUGACAACGGAGAAUCACCUCCAAAACCCCCAGCUCCAAAACCCAAGCCGAAGCCAAAACAAACUAUUGAGGAAACAUACCAGAAGAAGUCACAGUUGGAACAUAUCUUGCUCCGUCCUGACACCUACAUCGGUUCUGUCGAAAAAGUGGAUGAGAAUAUGUGGGUGUACGAUAGAGACACAGAGAUGAUUAUUCAGAAAAAUAUCUCAUAUGUGCCGGGCUUGUAUAAGAUUUUUGAUGAGAUUUUGGUAAACGCUGCAGACAACAAACAAAGAGAUAAUACAAUGGAUUGUAUAAAAAUCGAAAUUAACCAAGAUGAUAAUGUCAUAUCGGUGUGGAAUAAUGGACAAGGUAUUCCCGUCGCAAUGCACAAAAGCGAAAACAUGUACGUCCCGACGAUGAUUUUUGGUCAUUUGUUGACCUCUUCGAAUUAUAACGACAAAGAGGAGAAAGUUACAGGCGGUAGAAAUGGUUACGGUGCGAAGUUGUGUAACAUUUUCAGUACAAAAUUUACUGUCGAAACUGCCACUAAAGAGUAUAAGCGUCAUUUUAAACAAGUGUGGGGUAAUAAUAUGACGAAAGCAUCGGAACCGAAAAUCAAAGAUCAUUUCGGUGAAGAUUUCACGAAAAUUACCUUCAGUCCAGAUUUGGUCAAAUUCAAAAUGGAGAAAUUAGAAGACGACAUUGUCAGUUUAAUGUGUCGACGAGCUUUCGAUGUGGCUGCGUCAACUAGAGGCGUGAAAGUUUUCUUGAAUGGCAAAAGAGUUCCCGUUAAAAAUUUCAAAGAUUACGUUGACUUUUUCACAAAAGGAAAAGACGAGGACGGAAACGAGAAAUGUAAAGUUGUGUAUGAAGUUUGCAACGAACGUUGGGAGGUCGCAAUGACCUUAUCCGACCGAGGCUUCCAACAAAUGUCCUUUGUCAAUAGUAUAGCCACCACUAAAGGUGGCCGUCACGUGGACUAUGUUACCGAAAUGAUCGUUAAACAAAUCAUUGAAGUGCUCAAAAAAAGAAACAAAGGAGGAGUGGCAAUCAAACCGUUCCAAGUCAAAAACCACAUGUGGAUCUUCAUCAAUUGUCUCAUCGUGAAUCCAACAUUCGAUUCCCAAACUAAGGAAAACAUGACACUUCAGGCGAAAAGUUUCGGAUCGAAAUGCACCCUCUCCGAGAAAUUCAUCACCCAAGUUGUGAAAAGUGGCAUUGUCGAGUCGGUUCUCAGCUGGGCUAAAUUCAAGGCUCAAACCGAACUCGAGAAGAAAACUGCUGGAAAAAAACAAUCCAAACUGAAAGGCAUUCCGAAACUGGAAGACGCCAACGAGGCGGGAACGAAAAACGGUCUGCGUUGUACGUUGAUUUUGACUGAGGGAGACUCAGCGAAGUCUCUGGCGGUGUCAGGUCUUGGUGUUAUUGGGAGAGAUUACUACGGAGUGUUUCCCUUGAGGGGUAAACUUCUAAAUGUUCGCGAAGCGACGCACAAACAAAUUUUGGAAAAUCAGGAAAUCAACAAUUUGAUUAAAAUCCUUGGUUUGCAAUAUAAGAAAAAGUACAAUACCGAUGAAGAUAUGCGAACGUUGCGUUAUGGCAAAGUGAUGAUUAUGACUGAUCAGGAUCAGGACGGGUCCCAUAUUAAGGGGCUUUUGAUUAAUUUUAUUCAUUAUAAUUGGCCGGAGUUGCUAAGGAGGGAUUUUCUCGAGGAGUUCAUUACUCCGAUUGUAAAGGCAAAGAAGCGAAAUGAGACACUGUCGUUCUAUUCACUGCCAGAGUUUGAAGAAUGGAAGUCGAAUACGCCCAAUCAUCGCACAUAUCAAAUCAAAUACUACAAAGGUUUGGGUACUUCGGACUCAAAAGAGGCGAAAGAAUACUUCAGCGACAUGGCGCGCCACCGUAUCCGCUUCCGCUACAAGGGCCCCGAAGACGACGAUCACAUCGUACUCGCCUUCAGUAAGAAGCACAUCGAGCAUCGUAAAGAAUGGCUCACGAAUUUCAUGGUCGAGAGCAGAAGACGAAAAGAGCUCGGUCUCGCCGAGAAAUAUCUCUACGCAAAAGACACAAAAUCCGUCUCAUACACGGAUUUCGUUAAUCUCGAAUUGGUUCUCUUCUCGAACGCCGACAAUAUUCGCUCGAUUCCAUGUCUGGUGGACGGUCUUAAACCCGGCCAGCGUAAAGUAAUGUUCACCUGCUUCAAACGUAACGAUAAACGUGAGGUAAAAGUGGCCCAGUUGGCGGGUUCUGUGGCUGAAAUGUCGGCGUACCAUCACGGCGAAGUGUCCCUUUGUAUGACAAUCGUUAACUUGGCUCAAAAUUUUGUCGGUAGCAAUAAUAUUAAUUUGUUGGAGCCGAGAGGUCAGUUCGGUACGCGGAUGGCGGGAGGGAAAGACAGCGCCAGUCCGAGAUACAUUUUCACAAAGAUGUCGCCUUUAACUCGGAUGAUUUUUAAUCCUUCCGAUGAUUAUUUGUUGAAACAUGAGUUUGAAGAUAAUCAGAAGAUUGAACCGGUGUGGUAUAUUCCUAUCAUACCGAUGGUUUUGGUUAAUGGUGCUGACGGUAUAGGCACCGGUUGGAUGACGAAAAUUCCCAACUACAAUCCACGAGAACUUGUAAAGAAUAUAAGAGCGAUGUUGGAUCAAGAGGAACCGACGAAUAUGGUUCCUUGGUAUAAAAAUUUUAUCGGGAGUAUAGUCGAUUGUGGCGAUAACAGAUACGUGGCCAGUGGAGAAAUUGCUAUAAUAGGGGACAACCGAGUCGAAAUUACUGAAUUGCCCAUUGGAACGUGGACUCAGAAUUACAAGGAAAACGUCUUGGAGCCUCUACUGCACGGGUCCGAAAAAGUAAAGGCCGUAAUUCAAGAUUACAAAGAAUACAACACGGAUACAACGGUUAAAUUCAUAAUAACUUUCUUGCCGGGCCAAUUGGAAACCCUAGAAAAUGAGGCAGGUCUCCAUAAAACUUUCAAAUUACAAUCCUUGAUCUCAACAAGUUCCAUGUGCGUUUUUGACGAACUCGGAUGCAUACGAAGGUAUGAUUCGGUAACCGACAUAUUGAAGGACUAUUACAAGUUACGUUUGACCAUGUACCAAAAACGUAAAGAUUACCUUGAAGGUAUGCUAAAAGCUGAAGCGAGUAAACUAUCAAAUCAAGCUCGGUUUAUAAUGGAGAAAUGCGACCGUACUUUGGUCGUUGAAAACAAGAAACGUAAAGUGAUUAUUGACGAACUUAUCAAAAGAGGGUACGAACCAGAUCCUGUCAAGGACUGGAAACAAAGGGUUGCUACGGAAGAUGGAGAUGAAGAAGCGCCAGCUGAAGAGGAAGAAGCACCAGCGACUGAACAGACAACGAAGAAACCAGUUGAUCCAGAAAAGGCUUUCCAAAAUUCGACCGAUGUUCAAAAGUUUGAUUAUUUAUUGGGAAUGUCAAUGUGGAUGUUGACGGAAGAAAAGAAGAAUGAAUUGCUACGACAAAGAGACAUUAAAUUACAAGAAUUGGAGACUUUGAAAAAGAAAACGCAUUGUGAUUUGUGGCGGGAGGAUCUCGAUGCGUUUAUGGAGAAGUUGGAUGAAGUGGAAGAGAAGGAACGGAAUGACGAAGCUGGAAUUAAACCGAAGAAAGCACAAGCGGAAAUAAAAUUUGGAAGGGGAAGGAAGAAAAUUAAUUUGGCAGAAACAAUGCCAUCACCUAUAGCCAAACGAGUCGAACCGAAAAUUUCCGAUGAUAUGAAGAAGCGCAUACAGACCGCAAUAAAAGAUAAGAAAAAGAAGAUGGUCAAAAAAGAAAGCACGAUUGAAGAAUUGGAAGAAAAAGACGAAUUUGAUCUUCUGGUACAAAACAAGAAGACUUUAAAAGACAAAAUAGGCACUCCGGAAGAGGCAGAGAAGAAAGUGAAAGCGAAAAAGGCCAAAGAUGAGCUUAAACAAACUAAGCUCAAUUUUAAAAAGAAGAGUCCGGAGCCAAAACUGAAUGGUACCCCGAAAAAACGCGGGAAAAAGGCGAAGACCACCAGUUCUGACGAAGGUGACGAUGACGAAUUCAAUUCCGAUUUUGAAAGUCCUGUUGUGAGAGAGCGAGCGCCGACUAAGCGCCAAGCCGCAGCAAAACAAAUUAAAUACAAUUUGAAUUCUUCGGAAGAUGAGGAUAGUGGUGAAGCGGAACUGUUCGAUAACGACGCCGUAAUCGAGCCCAAAACUAACCAAGGGACGAUGGAAAUUAGCUCAGACAGCGAAAAUGAAUCUCCUCCACCGAGGCAUGAAACCUCGGAAGAUCUGUUCGAUUCUCUUGUAGGUCGGACGAAGAGCGAUGAUGACGUACCUGCAAAAACUGAAACUCAGAAGAGAAGGAUUUUGUCGGAUUCAGAUUCGGAUGUUCCCGAAGAAGAAACGAAAAAAUCUAAACCGAAGAAGAAAAAGGUUGAGGCAAAUAAUGAAGACAAAAAACCUAAGCAAGUCAGAAAGAAGAAGAAGAAGUCAGAUGAUGAGGAGGGAAGUGGGAAAAAAGCAAAAGGGAAAGGUAAAAAGAAGAAGGAUUUAGAUUCAGAUGUUGAAAUUGAUUCUUCUUCACCACCACCGGUUAAGUCUUCACGAGCUCCACGAAAUAUUAAACAAACUAAAUAUGUAUUUGAUUCGGACGAGUCUGACUGAAUUCAACUGUUUUAGAAAAUUUUAAGAAGUAACUAUUUAAUGUGUUUUUAAUAGGUAAAUAUGUGUUACGUUACUUGUAACUUUAAUAAAAAUAUCUUAUUUUCAUUAUUACAAGUUUUAAUAAAAAAAUGUCAGUAAUUAAA